AUGGCUGCUAUCAGCGUCAACACGGCGUCGUCGUGUAACGAUCUCGCUACCAGAGAUGCAGCCCUUACGCUUCGCGAGCAGCGGCUCGACGCUAGAGAGGCGGCGCUUGAUGCUCGCGAGGCGGCUCUGAAUGUGGAAGCUGCGUUGACUGUAUUUGUUGAUGCGUUGAGAACAGCUGUUGCUGUUGCUGGUGUCGGGCUGGGCUGUGGAGAGGGUGUUUCUGGGGUUGAGGGCGAUGGCUUUAGUGAGGUGAAGGAGGAGGAGGUUGAGGAGGAGGGAGGUCAGGAGGCUGUUGUUGAGGAAGAGAAGAGGGAAGCGAAGAGCGAUGAGAAGUCUACACCGAUUACUGAAGAACAGGCACAGCGCGAGGAAGGAGACUCAGAUAUCUACGAGACUACUUCAGAGCAAGUCGGAGAGCAGAAGAGCGAGGACGCCGCGCAAGUGGCUGCGCAAGAAGAGGGGACGAUGAGCGAGUCGGCUCCUAUAGUUGACGAGGACCAGAAACCGGCUCUUGCGGAGGAAGAGAAAGCUGCAAAGGACGAGCCAGUCUCGCAGUCCUUUGAGAGCACCGCCACCUCCUUCGUCCCAGCACACGAAGCCACCUCCGAAGAACCAUCUACCACCAGCAUCAUCACCUCUUCUGACACGCUGCCUGCACAGGAACAUGAACGGCAAGAACAAGGAGAAGACGAAGAAGAGGAGGGAACCUUUGCCCCCGCCGACGGAUUUCCAGCCCCCGCCCCGAUCACCGGUCUCGAGACGCCGGCUGCAAUCGACGACACGCCUAAGCCGCUGGCGGUGCACUUCGCUGAGCCGGUCGCCGAGCUGAUUCCCGAAGAGAAGGGGGAGGAGGCAAGGUUAGGACACCAAUAUGUCUCCUUUGGACUGCUGGAUGAGGAUGCGGAUGCCACGUACGGGCUUCAUAGAGAGGGCGAGAAGACGAGUGUGGUCAGUGCCCCUGAAUCAACACCUGUCGUCGACACGGAACAGGAGAUCCAUCCCCCUCCCCAGGCACUCGUCAUCGGCAAGAGCAGCAGCAGCAGCAGCAGCAGCAGCAGCAGCAGCACCGCUCCCGCCCAGACUGCAGACGAGCUCGCCCCUCCAUCACCCCCUCCCACAUCGGCCGUGACCGAGGACUCUCCUCCCGACGCAGCCAGCGCCCAUCCAGAAGAAGCUCCGACUCCCGUAUUGGCGGUGUCGGAACCCCCGAGCGACGAAGCCUCCCAAACCCUCACCGAGACCCGGGGAGGAGAGGACGAGGAAAGCCCAGCUGCUGCUGCUGCUGCAGAGCGGGAACCGCACCCCACGGCUACGGCUAUGGCUCUGCUCGCGGAGGCGAUCGGGCGAGGGCACAAAGAGGACGCCGGCAACGCUUAG